UUCAUAUUUCGAAACGUAGUAAGUACUGAAGAGUCUGACGCAUACCCGGCCCUCACGUAUCCAUGGUCUUUUUCUGCUUUCUGGUCGAUCAAGAGCGGAAAGUGAGCCGGAGCAAGCCGGCGGCAGGAAUCUGCUCGCGGUGCGGUGGCGGGGCAAGCGUGGCCGACAUGAAGACAGCUACGAGAUUUUGUUAUGUGCCUUUCUAUUGGAAGUCUUGGAAAGCCAUUAUAUGCACGUUUUGUGGAGCCAUUCUUCGAUCCUACCGAUAGAACGAUGUUUCAUCGAUUCAUUAAUUUGCAUGCGCUUUUGUUUU